AAUGUUAUGAAAGUUGCAGGUGCAAGAGUAAAUCACAUGGCAUCAGGGAAAACAACUGAAGAUGCUCCUCCAAGAUUUGAUAAAACUCUGGAAGAUUUUUUUUCAAUUUGCAAUCAAAUUGAGCUUCAUUUGAAAGCAAUUCAAGAAUGCCACAUGCAGCAUAAAGACAGCAUGCAGUAUUUGCCUCUUCAUAUAACUCUGGGGAAACAAGACACUUCUGCUGGGUCCCUCACAGAUGGCAGUUUGUCUUACACUCAGUAUGUUAGUACCGUGAAAGGACAAGUCAAUUUUGCUAAGUCUGUACAAGAUAUUCUUACAGAGGGUGUUCGAAAAGUUGGCCAACCUUUAGCACCUGAGUGAAUCCAUUUAUUAUGGGUGUGAAAAUAUAUUUAGGAAUUAUUAACAGUUUAAUGACUCUGUGAAUCUCUGAAAGGUCUCUGAAUUCAUAAAACCUACUUGUAAAAUUAUUAUUAAACAAUUGUUGUUUGUAAAUUUGAUCUUGUAAAUUGUUCAAACAGUUUAAUUACAGUUGGAGAUAAUUUUUUGUUUCAUAUUGGUAAAAUUGCAUUUCUAAUCCAAUAAAAAUCUAUCUUACCUUCAUGUAAAAUAUUACACAAAAUGGCUAAGUUAUUCAAAAUUGAAAAAAGGUUUGUGUUUAGGGUUUCCCGCAACCUAAUAAUACUAAAAACAAGUUCUUUUUUCCCCCAGAUGCUGAAAAAUAUAUUCAAGUUGAAAUGCUAUUUUAUGGCUUUAUCUUAUUCAGACGAUAUUUUUAAUCCUUUAAAUAAUUUAUUAUUCAAUAAUCUAACUAAAUAUUUGAAGAAAAAAAAUAAUCAUUGAUCAAUAAUAUAACCUUGAUUAAACUAAAUAAGGAAAGGAAUUUUUAAAAUGCAUAUAAAUUUAAUUUUUUAAAACCUUCUUAUGUUUCUACUUCAUAUAAAUAAAUAAGAAAGGGGUGCCCCUUACAUAGAACUUCAGAAAAUGUGAAUUAAAAGAAACAUGUGCAGAAUAGCAAACAUGCUAUUCCGCACACAUUCAUAUCAUGAUUAGAAAUUAUCUUCUUUUCUAACUGUAUUUUUAAGUCCGCAGGAGUGGUACUCAUGUCUUGGAAGAUCAUCUUCCCCUUUGCUGUGCUAUCUUAAAGAAGAAAAAAAACUGAGACUAAUUUGUCCUUUAUUAAUAAUUGGGAAAUAAAGUUUAAAGAAAAAGAUCAAACUUCAAAACAAAGAUUGUAUUUGCGAAUUACUGUAAUUUCUAUUAUGCAGGUUGUAUUAUAACUAACUUAUUAAUUAAGCAAAGCAAACACUCUACAUUUAUAGAUUGAAUAUUUUACCAAGAGAACAUUAUUCCAAUUGUGUGAGAGAUUAUUGUGGUAAAGAACACUCACCAAACAGCAAGUCGGCUUAGAAAUUGCAAACGUAAGGAAAGUGAAGUAACUGUUCUCAACCUUAGUAGUUGAUUCAGUUUUAUAAAACAAAGAGGUUUCAUAAAGUUGCUUAUUUUUUUCUCUAAAAAUUCAUAUCAAACUGAAACGUUUUUGUGACAAAUACAUCAUGUUCUCCAUAUGUAUAUUAUUGAACAAAAAACAUUUAUAGAUUUUGAUCAAAAAUAUUUCUGUAUUCUGGAAGAUUUCGUUCAAGAUUUCUCUCGUCAUUGAUGUUUAUUUCUCCCUUUACAAUUGUAAGAGUGAUAAUUUUUAGUGAAGAAAUAAAAUAACUUUUAUACAGUC